UCACCACACGCCCCCAUAUGAUGUCACCACCCCCGUGUAUGACGUCUCGGCGCUGCUGUUGAUGGCAUCAUGGCGGCCCCGUUGAUUACGUCACUGCGGCCCCGUGUAUGACAUCACGGCUCUGCCGUCGAUGACGUCACGGCGCAGCCGUCGAUGACGUCACUGCGUCCCCUGUUGAUGACGUCACAGGAGGAGGACGGCUCCACCUGCCUGCACCACGCGGCCAAGAACGGGAACCUGGAGAUGGUGGAGCUGCUGCUGGGAACCGGACAGGUGGACGUCAACGCCCAGGACAACGGCGGCUGCACCCCGAUCAUUUGGGCGGCCGAGCACAAACACAUCGAGGUCAUUCGGCGACCGCUGACCCGAGGGGCCGACGUCACCCUGACUGACAACUUGGUGGAGGUACUGUGA